UUAUUAUUUUCAUAACUACUCCUAUUGCAUUAGUUUCAGAGUUUCCUAAGUUUAUAAAAAGAUUGCUACAUUUUAUUUAUAAAAAAAAAAACCAAAAGCUACUAUAGCAAAUUCAAUGGCAUUAUUAGAAAAAGUUGUUUUAUUUUGCUUCAUUGUCUCCUUCACUACAAACACUUUUGCACUACCUAAUAAAGAACAAGAAUCUGACCGGAUUUCGAAGCUUCCGGGACAGCCUCCGGUGAACUUCCGGCAGUAUUCUGGGUAUGUUACGGUGAACGAAGAACACGGGCGGGCGCUUUUUUAUUGGUUGACUGAGGCCACAACCAAUGUUGAAAAGAGAAGGCCUCUUGUUCUUUGGCUCAAUGGAGGACCAGGGUGUUCAUCAGUGGCAUAUGGAGCUUCUGAAGAAAUAGGACCAUUUCGUAUCAACAAAACUUCUUCAUCUCUCUACUUGAACAAAUACUCUUGGAAUAGAGGGCAUUAUGUACCUCAGUUAGCACAGCAAAUAAAUGACUAUAACAAGAAAUCUUCCCAUCCAAUCAUCAAUCUUAAAGGCUUCAUUUUGGGAAAUGCGGUAACGGAUAAUUACUACGACGGAAUCGGAACCGUAACAUACUGGUGGAGCCACUCAAUGAUAUCGGACAAAACAUACAAAUUGAUCCUCAAACAUUGCGAUUUCAAAUCCGACGAAACUUCGGAGAAAUGCGACGAUGCCGUAAAUUACGCAAUGAACCACGAAUUCGGAGAUAUUGAUCAGUACAGCAUUUAUUCGCCGACGUGCAAGGGAUCGAAAAAGACUAAUAAUAUAUCGGUCACGCUUAAGAACACUCUGAUUGGACAGAGAUUAUCGGGAUACGAUCCUUGUACGGAAAGCUAUGCUGAGAAGUACUAUAAUCGGCCCGAUGUUCAAAAGGCACUCCAUGCAAAUAUUACAGGGAUUUCAUACAAAUGGACAGCUUGCAGUGAUGUGCUUAUAAGGAAUUGGAAGGAUUCGGAAUCGUCGAUCCUGCCUACGUACAAAAAGCUAAUUGCUGCUGGCCUUAGAAUAUGGGUGUUCAGGUACAUAUAUAUUACAUGUUAAAUUAUUGGAGUUUGUUUGGUUAGUUGAAUAAUUUUUUUGUCGAUCGGGCGCAAAUAUUUUGCUCCUAUUAGCACUUAUAUGAUCAGCUUAUUGACGAAUUGUUUAUUAUGGCUUUCAAGUAUAUAAUUUGGCAACCAAACGAGGCCUUAGAGUUUACGAUUUUGGAGCCAUCUAAAAUUAUUAGAGUUAGUCAGAAUAUUUUUUUUUUGUCUAGCACAAAUAUUGUUCUAAUUUGCUCCUAUUAGAUCUUAUAUGAGCUUAUUGAGCAAAUUGCUUAUAAUUGGAGAUUUCAAGCAUGUAAUUUGGCAACCAAACGAGGCCUUAGAGGCUUCGAAUUUGUACCCUAAUUAAAAAUAACAUUAUUUUUUUGUUCUUACAACAACAUAAGGCAUUAAUAACAUUAAUAAGUUACCACUAUAUAUUAUUCAGAAAACACAUGAAAAAAGGAUUAAUUAAUUAAUGAUCAGUGUUAUA